UCAUGGAUGACCAAAGCUUCAUCGUGGACACGGCAUCAUUGGAGCAGAACGUUGGUUGGGGAUGGAACAAUGAAGUGCACGUUUUUGAUACAACACUAGCCAGCUGGAGGGAACCACAGAGCUCUGGUCGUGCUCCUGCCCCCAGAGCUGCCCAUGCAGGUGCAACACUUGGUCAUAAAGGGUAUGUCUAUGGGGGCAGAUUACUGGAAACCACACCAAGUGACAUUCAUUGUCUAGAUCUAGAAUCAUGGACAUGGUCUGAAAUAGUACCAACAUCCACUGUGCCAGGGGGAAGGUCGUGGCACAGCCUCACUGCAGUAUCUGAUAACACUUUGUUUCUAUUUGGUGGACUGAAUGUGGACUGCAAACCAAUGAGUGAUAGAUGGGUUUUAGAUGUUGACACAAAGACAUGGAGGGAGUUUGACCAUCCAAACAACAACAAACCAAGGUUGUGGCACACAGCAAGCCAAGCAAAGGACUCUGACGUCGUUGUGUUUGGGGGUAGUUGUGACUACGUCCUCCUAGUAGGAACGUAUGAGAAUUUGACGGGCCACAGCAACGAUGCACUUGUUUUCCAGACCCAGCCUUAUCCUCUCUUUCGGAUAUGUGUGGACUGCAUAGCAAAGAAUGUGAAUAACUUCAAGAUGCUUCAAAACCAGCUUCCAUCUCUGCCCCGGAAACUACUGGAAGCUGUACAGAGGAGAACAUCCAGAAUUAUAUAAUACAUAUAGUGCAUUCAGAAAGUAUUCAGACACGUUUCCCCCAUUUUGUUAUGUUACAGCCUUAAUCUAAAAUGGAUUAAAUUGUUUUUUCCCCCUCAUCAAUCUACACACAAUAACCCAUAAUGACAAAGCAAAAAUAGGUUUUUAGACAUUUUUGAAAAUGUAUAAAACAUAUUUUUUUGUGAAAUAUCACAUUUCCGAAAGUAUUCAGACCCUUUACUCAGUACUAUGUUAAAGUAAUUUUGGUAACGAUUACAGUCUCGAGUCUUAAUUGGGUAUGACGCUACAAGCUUGGCACACCUGUAUUUGGGGAGCUUCUCCCAUUCCUCUCUGCAGAUCCUCUCAAGCUCUGUCAGGUUGAAUGGGGAACGCCUCUGCACAGCUAUUUUCAGGUC